GCGGCGCUGCGCGUCUCCGGAGACCACAUUGCCAUGGCCGCUCGCGGUGGCGUUGCCUCAGCCAGCGAGGGGCUACGUUACGCAGAGUAUUCGCCCCCUUCGGCCACACGGCCAGACGCAGACGUGGACCACCGGCUGGCAAGAAAUUUAAUAGCCGUAGGACUGGGAGUUGCAGCUCUUGGAUUUGCAGGUCGCUAUGCUUUUCAGAUCUGGAAACCUCUACAACAAGUAAUUACGGAAACUGCAAGGAAGAUUUCAUCUCCUCCCAUCUGCUGGCAAAGCCAAGAUUAGAACAGCUCACAGAA